CCCAAGCAGACAGCAGCAGCUUGUGGCGCGAGCCCGAAGAACAUGCGAUGCAUGGAGUGGUGUCCGGCGCCGGAGGAGGACAGUCGGCUUGGAUCCGUUUUGGUUUUUCAAGGACACAUAAUUUGCAUGUUUCAGUGAGCUUCUGUCAUAGUGUCACAUCACAACAACGAUGUGAAGCCCGGGACUACAUAAAAGUUGGCCAACGAGGACUGAGGUGUCAAUAAAUGCUGGAAUGCGUAUUUAUUCGACUGAUCUAUGGACUGUGAUGUAUAUUUUUUGUUAUCACUAUUAAUUCACCUACGUGCAGGAUCAUCUCAUCACGAGCAAGUGAAUAUUAUUGCAUCUCUUGGAUAGUGGUGCCAAGCCUGCGUAAAGCCUAUUUGGUUCAGCGCAAAUCGCUCAUUAUGUCUGCGAUACGCAGGAAAUUUGGCGAGGACUACGAGGUAGUGAACACCAAACGGGACAUGACUGUGUCUGCACCCGUGAAGAGAAAGCGCCAGCGGUUUGUGGAGAAGAACGGCCGCUGUAACGUCCAGCAUGGUAACCUUGGCGGGGAGACAAGUCGAUAUAUUUCCGAUCUUUUCACCACGCUAGUCGACCUGAAAUGGCGGUGGAACCUACUCAUAUUUAUAUUAACCUACACGGUAGCCUGGCUGGUUAUGGCAUCUAUGUGGUGGAUAAUAGCCUACAUCCGUGGUGACAUCAAACCACAAGGCCACGACUCGUCAUACACCCCGUGCGUCGCGAACGUCUACAACUUUCCGUCCGCUUUCUUGUUCUUCAUUGAAACAGAGGCUACUAUCGGCUAUGGUUACCGCUACAUCACAGAAAAGUGUCCGGAAGGCAUUAUUCUUUUUCUCUUCCAGUCUCUCCUGGGUUCUAUAGUGGACGCAUUUCUUAUCGGCUGCAUGUUUAUCAAGAUGUCCCAGCCAAAGAAGCGCGCGGAGACUCUCAUGUUUAGCCAGGAUGCCGUUAUCUCGCAACGGGACGGGAAGUUGUGUCUCAUGUUCCGAGUGGGGAACCUGCGGAACAGCCAUAUGGUUUCGGCCCAGAUCAGGUGCAAACUUAUCAAGUCUCGUCAGACUCCGGAGGGGGAGUUCCUACCCCUGGACCAGUGUGAGCUAGACGUAGGAUUUGGGACGGGGGCCGACCAGCUCUUCCUGGUGUCCCCUCUGACUAUCUGCCACGAGAUCAAUCUCAAGAGUCCCUUCUUUGACCUGUCCCAACGCUCGCUCAUGAACGAGGAGUUUGAGAUCGUGGUCAUCCUGGAGGGCAUCGUGGAAACCACUGGUAUGACGUGUCAGGCACGGACCUCCUACACAGAGGACGAGGUGUUGUGGGGCCACCGCUUCCUGCCCGUCAUGUCCUUGGAGGAGGGCUUCUUCCGGGUUGACUACUCCCAGUUCCACAACACCUUCGAGGUCAACACUCCCCGUUACAGCAUCAAGGAGCACGAGGAGAAGAUCUCCCUGACUUCCCCCAACCCUCCACCAGGCGUCCCCACCUCCCCUCCCCUGGGGAAUGGGGGCCAGAGCCGGGGCCGCAGGGAGAGGAUGCUGUCAGUGGACUUUGCCGACCAUGGAGAGGCUACCCAGGAACAAGCGAUGGGGAGGCUGCCCAGCAAGUUACAGCAUAUGAGCUCUUACAAGGAGGACCUCCGAACGAGGGUGAAGACUGGAGGAGCCCAGCCUGGGGACAAGGCCUCUAGCAGGGGUGACCAGGGGAGUCUGCCCCUGGCGGUCCAGCAUCUGGUCUCCAACUCCAUCCCCGUGGGCUUUGGCCAGGGGAAGGUGGAGGAGAAGCUCCAGCUUAAGGCACUAGAUGGGGGUCCAGGUAUUGGAGACACUCUGACUCAUUCAGUUGGGGAGCAGGAGAAGUGGAGACUUCCCCCUGCCCUGAGCCCCAUCCCGGCCCCAAAUCCGACCCCUGUCCAAAUCCCUUUGCCUGUGGGUGGGGGGUGGCCGGAGGAUAACCUGCCUGACAAACUGCGCCGAAUGAACGCUGACCGCUGAUAUUGACCGUGGACCAUUGACCGUGAAAUUACUAUUAAUUACCGGAAACAAACAGAUUCCCAAAAACUCUAAAUAGAUAUAGAAAGCAAUGCUUAAUGGGUAACGCGGUUUUCAACAGGAUAUUACACUACUGUGAUGACUUUUGCCCGUUUAUGGCUAUUUUAACUGGUUGAAUAAAUGUUGAUUCAAUGUAAUUUGACAACAUAUUGUGAUGUGGAAUCUUCGUGGAAAAUACAGUGGAUUUGAAAAAGUUAUCAAAUUUCUACCACAGGAUUAUGUCAUCAUGCUAACCACAUUUCAACAUAGACAAACCUUGUAUAAAAUACGUUGAAUUUGUACCUUUAAAACAAAGUCAGAUCUUUAACGUUAUUUCCACUAUCAGAAAAAAAAACUAUAUGCUAGGUAGCACGUCCUACUGGAGAAUUUAUCAAUCUACAGCUACCUUUUGGUCUCCCAUCUAGAGUUUUAACUAUGCUCAGCUCUACCUAGCUAAGAUAUUUGUCACUGACUAUUACCAAUGUGCUAUUGUGAUUGAGAAUGAUUGUUGAGAGAUCUCCACUUGAAAACUAAAUAGAUUCACUGUUGCUAUCAAAGUCAAUCCAAAGGGUAGGUUUAACAGAACAAAUUAAAUGCGACCAUAAUAUAUCACUCAUAUAUCAUCAAUUAUGGUAUUUAUUUAGGCUAUAUAGCAUUUUCAACAGCUAUUGUUUCAAUUCAACCAAGAAUUCAACUAAAAUUAGACAUUGCAAUAGCCCUAGGUUUUCAAACUCUCGUUGAUUUCAAAUGUAAUGCUAUUUAGUAACGUUGAAUUGAGUUUGGUUGUCAAAGCAUUCAAAUAUCCACAUUUGAAGGAGAUGUAACUUUUAAAGAAUAGGACUGAAUCAAAUCAAACUUUAAAUGAACUUUAAAUCAAGUUUGAUUUGGUUUAGUCCUAUUUAGGGCUGUGGUGGUCAUGAAAUGUUGUCAGCUUGUGAUUGUCAAGCAAAUAACUGCUGGUCUCAUGGUAAUUGACCGUUAAUUAACAUAAACACAUUUAGCAUCUAUGAUGCAGACCUUU